CCGCGGAGAGAGCGCUGGCCGCAGGAUGCGGCCCCUGGACGGCACCGGGGCCGCCGAGCUGCCGGAGGCCGGGCUCGCGCUGACGGACGAUGCGCCCCCGGGCGCGAGCGAGGAGCCUGCGGCCGCCGAGGCAGCGGAGACGGCCGCUCCCGGCAGGUGCUGGCUGUGCCGCUCCUCGCCGUGCGGCUCGUGCGCGCAGCCGGAAGCCAAGAAGAAAGCACCCUGUCCUGGACUUGGCUUGUUUUACACAUUAUUUUCUGCCUUCCUUUUCUCGUUGGCCUCUUCACUGGUUAAAAAAGUGGAAGACGUCCAUGCUGUAGAAAUUAGUGCAUUCCGAUGUGUGUUCCAAAUGAUAGUUGUUAUCCCUUGCUUAAUAUACAGAAAAAGUGGGUUUCUAGGCCCCAAAGGUCAACGCAUCUUCCUGGUUCUCAGAGGGUUCCUUGGUUCUGCCUCCAUGAUGUUUGCAUACUACGCUUUCCAGACGACGUCCCUCGCUGACGCCACGGUUAUCUCGUUUACCUGUCCAGUGUUUACGUCCAUAUUCGCUUGUAUAUUUCUCAAGGAAAAAUACAGCCCUUGGGAUGCUCUCUUCACCGCCUUCACAAUCGUCGGAGUGAUCUUGAUCGUGAGGCCACCAUUUUUGUUUGGUUCCGACACUAUGGAGAUAAAUGAAAGCUAUUCGGUUCACCUGAAGGGCACGUUCGCGGCAAUCGGACAUGCAGUGUUUGCUGCCAUGACUCUGGUUAUCCUAAGAAAAAUGGGGAAAUCUGUGGACUACUUUUUGAGCAUUUGGUAUUAUGUAGCACUUGGCCUCAUCGAGGGUAUCAUCGUCCUCUUUAUAUUAGGAGAAUGGAGUCUGCCGUACUGUGGGUUGGACAGGCUAUAUCUCAUACUAAUUGGGCUGUUCGGUUUGGGGGGUCAGGUGUUUCUCACGAAAGGAAUUCAAAUAGAAAAAGCAGGGCCAGUAGCAAUAAUGAGGACUAUGGAUGUGGUCUUUGCUUUUAUCUUUCAGAUUAUUUUCUUUAACGAUGUGCCAACGUGGUGGACGGUGGGUGGCGCUCUCUGCGUAGUAGCCAGUAGUACCGGAGCGGCCAUUCGUAAAUGGUGCCAGAGUUCCAAAUGAAGCAUCAUUGCCAAAAUGUCUAUUUUUUCAAGGUCACUGUCACCCCGUUCAGACACACCACACACGCACACACCUGGAAAAUCUGCAUUACUUCAUUGAUAUUAAAUAAAUUUCAUAAUUAAAGUACCAUUUUUGAAUUUAGUAUGUCUUUAAUUAGCUAAGACUAGCCAGUCAGUUGGUCUAGCAAUUAUUUUUUCAGCAAUUAUAUUUUGUUUUUUUUGUUGUUGUUGAGGUGGUGUUGGUAAGAGGACAAAUCACUAGAGAAAAACUACAAGAUUGUUUAUGACUCUAGUAUAAAUAUAGGUAGUUUCUUAAAGUGUAUUUUUUGGUCCCGAUGGGAGUUAGGUGGCGAGGAAAUUUUAGAUGCGUUUUUAGCAGUAUAGAGGUAAGAAACUUAGUGAUAAUAAUGCUGCUAUAAUUAGUAUUAUGUUGAUAAUUCAUUUGAAACAUAAUUCCAUGUAGGAGGCCAAAGCUGAAACUUGGAAUUGGUGCCUCCUUAAUGGUGUUAAUAAUGCAAAUGAAUUAGCCUUAUUUUCAAGGCUUUUAUAAAUGGUCAUCAUUCUUUUAACCCAUAUUUGUGCCUUUUCAUUUUAAUGCUGGAAUUUUUCUAUGUAAACUUUUUAAAAAGUCUUUAAAUCACCAAAUUUGGCUAAUAGUUUUCUCUUUCAGUGUCAUUAGCAACUAUAGCUAUCAUUCUGUAAUUUUAAUUGUCCUCUGUUUUUUGGAAAUUGCACCAAAUUUUUGCUAACUUUCUAAGAUUUCAGGUCUUUAAAUCACAAGAGGGAUUCUUGGCAUGGCCAAUGUGCACAUUUCCAUCCUGAAGUGUUUUCCCCUUCACUAGAAAUGUGCUUUUCUAUAAAUUCUCUUUGAAUUUAUAGUGUGAUGCCAAAUAAAAUUUUCUCAGGAUUUCAUUAGGUUGAGCUAUAUGAAAUUGCCAAGAUUUUACCUUUUUAACUUAAAAAAACCAAAGUUUCUUAUGGUUUACCCUAAUAGAUACCUCCUUGACCCUCUAAACCAAAUACUUAGAGGACUUUGGAAUAUAUAUUUUGAAUACAACUUUUUAAAGUACAGUAAUCCUAUUAAACUUAUUUUUAUAGUCUUUUUCCCUUUGAAGUUAUAUGUAAUAAUGCUUCAUAUCAUAUGUUAAAUUUAAAGACCCAUGAGUCCACGGUUGAUUGGCUUUUGUAGUUUCUUGAAUAGAAAAAAAAAAUCACAGUUAAAUUCUAGUAUAGUAAGGAUAUUAUACAGUAAGAUAUUAAACGUCACUGCUGCACCGUGAUACUAACAUGAUGAAUGCAGACAACGUAUUUUAUAUCUGGAAAUUCAUCAGGCCAGUACUCUGCAGUUAAAGAGAGAAUUUAAUAUUUAGAAAAGCUUGGGAGGUUGCUCAGGAAGCAGGGUGUAGAUGCAAAUGAUUCUUUGUCACAAUGAACCCUUUAUUGGUGAGGCUUUGAUGGUCUCCAGCUCUUACUGUGUCAGACCUCGCAUCUAUUAUUAUCUUAAGCCUGCGAAUUUGAAAGAUUAUAGACUCUCUCCCACCCUUUCAUCACAAUUCUUCCAAAGUAAGAAAGAUCUUGGCUUCUGAGGUUUAUGCCUUGGUGAGAAAGGAUCUUUUCCAAUAGUUCCAAGAGAAAAUUUUUGACUUGCUGAUCUUCCCAAAUGCUUCCCACUUGACAAAUCCUAAAUGAAGUCUACGUAGGGGAGUCACACUAUCAUUAUAACUUUAGCCUAAUCCACAACAUGGGAGUUAGAGUUGCAAAAGCAUCAUUUUGCGAGUAUCUUAGAUAAUUACAGAAUCGGAGCAUUUAGAGUUCAAAGGUUAGAAAUCCUCUUGUAGGAGCCAUGCUCCACAGAUAGGGCUGUAAAGGAGGGGACCUGCCCAAAAUGGGUUUCUAUGGCCUUCUCCCCUCCCCUAGUUCCAUGAUAAAGUAUGGAAAGCCAACCACCGCUUGAGCUACAGAAGGUAAAUUAACUCUCAGGGAACCCUCUGCUGGUUCUUCACCUUGCACAAUAAAAGAACCUAUGGGACUUUGAAAGUUAAAUCCCUUUGGGCCUGUACACUAGGGACGUGUUUUAUUUCAACGGUAUGGUUUAAGUACUUGAAUGUCACAAUAUCUGACCAAGGUUGGAGAAAAUGUUUCUUCUCCCAACUUUUACAAGGCACGAUUCUUAAACACUUUUAUAAUGUCCAAGUAUAUACAAGGAUAUGUAUUGUAACAAAUAUGGGUGUGUUUAUUUUACAAAAAUUAUAGUUUAUCUUGAAAAGGAAAAUAUUUUCAUGAA